AUGGAACUGACUGUCUCUUCCCGCAACAAAAAUAUCAGAAUUCCUCGCGACGGUCAGUCCAUUGUGCGCAGAAGAGAUCAGCCAAGACCAAGGACGGCUUCCAAGAGACAAGUUCUCGUGGAUCGGAGAUCUGCCCGUUCCAUUGGAGAUAAGGAAAUAUCCUCAGAGCUCCCAGUGGAACAUUUGGAGUCAUUGUGCUCCGAUACCGAAGGUCGUGAAGAGACACCGUCGAAGGGUGUAGGGAUAUUUGCAGAAGCGGGAACUACAGUUCUCAUAUCUGAUAUCCUGGAGAACUACCUGACAACUACUGCAGCAACUAGAGGCAGGAGGCUAGUUUGUGCGGUUCCGCUUGGGAAUACAUCUACUCGAACUGCUCGUCCAGUCUUAUUUGACACCAGCCCCACGCAAGGGAUCUGGCAGAUCUGUGAGUGGCAACUCGCCUAUACUCCAGUAACCCUGUAUGAAACUGAUGACCGGGCCAUUGCCAAUAGUUUCUUCGCUAAGGCGAAUAUUCGCCGAAACUACGCAGCAUGCGCUGCCCUAAUGUCAAUUUUAUCUGGGUCCAAGCAUGCGAAGCUUUAUAUUCAGAAAGCAUUUCUGUCUCCUGGAAUGUCAACUGUGAUGGCGAUUAUGCUUAAUGUUGGUGGAAGGCCUAGUACAACAAUGUUAUGCAAAGCAGGGCUGCUGGGUCUGGCUGUUGCAUUUCCCAAUUCAAUUGGAUUACAUCGAGAUCCCUUAAACUGGAACAUGCACUCUUCAGAAAAGCAGCUUCGCUUAAGGAUCUGGUGGUUGGUUGUUGUCUAUAAUCGCUGGUGUAGCUUAGCAUAUGUCACUCCGAUGCAUGUUCAUCGCCCGCAGCAUGAUAUCCCCCUUCCAAACUCACAGAAUGUGUGUUCCUCUAAUGUUUCGCCAUCCCAGGUAGCUGCGACAUCGGUAUUUGUAUCCCUUAUCACCCUUACCGAAGUGCUAGGUAGCUAUUUAGAGUACAUUUGCCACGUCGCAAAGACUCCUACGGAUCAUUUCGAGAAAACCAUCGCACAGACCGAGGUUCUCCUGGCGCAAUGGGAGGAAACUCUGGGCGAUGAUAUCCCUGAAAAACGUCUCCUAUACCAUAUUCAACUUGAUCGAGAUCGGGGGAUGGCGCAAGCGGAUGAAAGCUCAGAAUGCCCGGUAUACUUCCGGGCCCAAAGGACAGGUGGGGAUAUUGUCCAUUUUGUGCAAGAGCUGGAUGAGUCACAUAUGCACGGAUUUUGGAUUCCUGCAAAUGCAUUCACGCAUUCACAACGUCACCGGCGGGACUUUACUUGGGAUCUCGCAGAUAAUUGUUUGGAGAAUUGCAGCGGCAUGCAAGAGAAAAUUGAAGCUGGGGUGCAUUAUUCAGGGCUUGCUUUACCAAACUUUGAAGAGAACUCGGGUAUAGAAGUGCCAGUGCUCGAUGACCUGCUUACGGGAUUUAGUGAUCCAUUCGAGAUGGAAUUUAAUCCUGCAGCCAACGCAGUUGAGCAUGUAUAA